UUUUUCCCACAAGUCACAUGGACUUAAGAUAGGACUGUUGUGUAGGCGAUAGGUGGGGAUAUUUGAUUUCAUUUAAACGAAAAUUCAAGUUAAAUGUUUGUAAUAUUUUCUAAAAUUCAAAGAAAAUGGCUGAGUACGUGUACAAGAACCUGGAAAGCAUGCUACCAGAGUUGGAAGACUUAGAGGCAAAGGGGAUAUUUGACAAGAAUGAAUUACGAACAAUUGUCAAGAAAAGGACUGAGCUGGAGUACAAGUUGCAACGAAGAGUAGUUGAAAAGAAAGAUUUUCUUAAAUAUCUUGAAUAUGAGCUGAAUGUUGAUAGUCUUAGAAGAAAGAGAAUGCAGAGAAUGGGACUGAAACCAAAACAUACCACUGCUGAAAUUGGAAUAAACAAAAGAAUGCAUCAUGUCUUCCAGGCAAGUAGAACAAGAUUAUCAUUGUUUUUACACAUAAUUUUAUAUGAUGUGUAAGCAUUUAAAACAUUAUACCUCUCCCCCCCCACUUAUUAGCCAUUUAAAUUCCAAUUGGUUGGACUAUACAAAAGACCUGUUGUUACAUAUUCAAUUGACAAUGUAAGACUAAUUCUUAAUUUCUUCUCAUCUACUUCUAAUAUUGAAUGAU